AUGAAUAGGUUGAAAAGACUAAAGCAAAGGAUAUGUGAACUAUUAGACCAACAAAACUUGGCUUUAAAUAAAUCUAUAAUUGAGUUAAAGUUAAAUACAGACACAAAUAAUAAGCAGAAUACUAUUAAAAACAUAAUUAGUCAAAAUAUUUUAUCAGAUGAUUCUAAUAUAGAGGUUAUAGAUUUAACAAGUCUAGAUACAGCUUUUGAUGAUGAUAUUUACUAUAAAGAUGCAUCAGAAAAUGAACCUAUUACUAAACAACCUAAAUAUAAAAAAUUUAAUAUUAAUAUAUUACAAAACUGCAUAAAUCUUAAAAAUUGUAUUAAAGCAGCACUAUAUCAAUCAAUGAAUUAUUAUUGA